AAAAGCUAACAGAGAGCUACCAUUCAACCUGCAAUCAGUCAUCCCUCAUCACAGAGUGAGUACAAAUGCCUCCUCUUUCACUCAUUGUUACUCUAACUUAAUGUUUUGGUGUUGUAAAACUGUUACUUUUAGCCACGUCUUCUGCUGUAGUCGAUAUGUUCUUUAAUAGGUUUCUUUUUUACAGUUCAAACUUUGUUUUGUAGAGAAGGUUGCUUUGAUUUUGUUGUAUCUAUCUCCACAUGCUCUAUAGCAGCAUGCCGCUGUGGGCAUUGCUCCCCGUCUGCCUGGCUUUCUUUGGCACUGCAGGCAUUUGGACUGUAUUUGCAGUAGCUGUAACAAAUGGAUCAGUCAACCUAACAGAGGGAAUCCCGUACAUCAGCCAGUGUGGCACUUACAACCCACAGAGCUGUCUCUUCUCCCAGGUCUGCAACAUCUGCUGCUUUUUAGCCCUGUGGGUCGUGGCGAUCCGUUUCCAGCAGGUCAGAGACUAUGGUGAUCACGGAAAAGGCAACAUUGCCAGCAUUGUUUUAGGAUUCACCUCCUCCAUAUCGAUCUCCGUCACCGGGAACUUCCAGCAAUCAGUUUUAAUGAUUAUUCACACUGUGGGAGCAGUCCUGGCUUUCUUCCUUGGCCUGGCCUACUUCUGGGUACAGCUGUAUCUAACUUAUCGGGCUCAACCAUCGCAGGACCGAUGGUGGGUGGGGCCUGUCAGGGCGACCUUCUGCAUCAUCUGUACCGUCACGGUUAUUGUUAUGUCCAUUCUCCACAUCACAGGCUUUUCCUCUGGAGCUGCUGCGUGUGAAUGGAUUCUGGUGAUGUCGUUCUUCUGCCUCUUUGGCCUUUUUGCAGCCGAGUUCAGACACAUUGACUGCCACAGCCUCACCGUACAGAAGCAAAUGUUUACGAAUGACCGCAGCCACGCAUCAAUAGAAAUGAACGGUUAUGUUAUAAAUACAAUUAGCUAAAAACACUGUACUGGAUCUGUGUGCUGUACACAUGGUUCAGAAUGCAUUAUGUUCGGUUAUUAUAUAUAGAACUGCUUUUUAAUUUAUUUGCAUGUUUUCCAUUUUGAACACUCAGUACGGCAGAUCUGUUUCAUGAUCUAUGACAGCAUCUUUUGAUGCAAUUCAUCAUGUUUAUGUCAUUACUAUCAUUAGUAAAUUACUUUACUAUUACACAGUCAACUACCAUACGGGCAGAAUUUUCUAUUUAUAAAUUUUUAGAAGAAUUUCAA